UCAUGUCAAUGUCAAAGUCAAACAAAAAUGGCAAUGGCAUGGCGACAUUGAAAUCAAAUCUUAUUUCUUUCAUAUUAGUCGAAUAAUAGUAAAUACUAUAAUAGUAUCCAUUUAUAUUAAUAAUACAUUAAAUUACUGACUAUAUGCAUUUUUAAGUGCAACAAGAACUAUAUAUAAUUUACGCGUAACAUACCUUUAAAAUGGAAUCGGAAUCGGCUGAUACUGCGGACCCGGCAACGAAACAUGAAAACAACCCGCGCAAAAGGUUUCGGCAUCGAAAGAAGCAACUUUACGAAAAUAUAAUGAAGCAAAUGGAAUUUUACUUCAGCGAUGCAAACCUUAGCAAGGAUAGGUUCCUCGGGGAAUUGGUGAAAAACGACCCGUUUGUACCGCUCUCUGAAUUCCUAAAAUUUAACAAAAUUCGCUCUUUGACCCAAGAUGUAAAUGACAUUGCGAAGGCGAUGAAGCAUUCUACGUUUCUAGAGUUAUCGGACGAUAAAUUAAAAGUAAAACGAAGAACACCUAUGUUGCCCUAUGAUGCAGACUCGAGAACAGUUUAUGUUGAAUCCAUACCAGUUACGGCAGGUCGGGAAUGGCUUGAGAGAGUCUUCUCAGAUUAUGGUCAUGUUGCUUACAUAUCUCUACCAAAAUUUAAGAAUUCAAAUAAAAUUAAGGGGUUUGCAUUCAUAGAAUAUGAUAAACCACAAGAUGCUCAAAAAUGCUUGAAUGCAUUCAACAAAAUGGGCUGCAAACUACCUUCUAGUACGGCGCCUGAGGAACUGUCAUCAAUCAAAAUGUUCAGUGUUGACAAUAUUGAAGAAAACCCUGAAAUCCAUGAAAACACUGAAAACAAUCCUGACGGCAAAGAAGAGUAUGAGCCACCUAAGAAGAAGACAAAGAAGAGAGACAAGAAACCACCAAAGACGCUAGAUUUAAAACAUGAUCAAGAGUCUGAUAAUGAAAAACGGACUGAUACUCCAACUGAAGACAACAAAAGUGUAACCACUCCAAGUGAGGAGGGUAAAACCACAGACGUGGAACUUGAGUCCAAAGAUGAUUUGACCAGCCAUGAUGAAGGUAAACCCUCGGACAGUACUGUGAGGAAGAAAAAAAUAAAAAAGCGAUCAUCCAAGGAAAAAGGCAAAGCCAAGGCUCUAGCGAAAGAUGAAGCCCUCAAGGGAGCCUUAUUGGGCUUACAGGUGCUGCCAAAGUUAGAAUGGAAAUCACUUAGAAAUAAGUAUUUAAACUUACAAAGGAGACAUAUGAAGGAGGUGAAAAUAAAUCUAAGGAACAACAAACACGCUUAUUCAGGGAUCCCCGACCCGGCCGCGCCAUCUAUGGAGGUUGAACCUGUAAAGUAUAGUACACAAGAUAUAGACAGUACAAAAAACGUUGAACCCCUGCAGAAGAUUCCUGGUGUGUUUGUUAAAGAAGUGCUGCCAGAGCCGUGUCUAGAUGUGAGACUUACUAAAAGGACUAUAAAAACUAAUAUCCACGUCUUGCACGUAGACGUCAAGGAAGGACAGCCAGAUGUCAUCAUUCGUUUUGAUUCAGCGAAAGCUGCUGAUGAAUACUGUGCGAACUCGAGCAACCGCGCGCGAGUGGUGUGCGGCGCGGAGGAGCAAGAGCAAUGGCGGCUGGCGGAGAGCGCGCGCGCGAACAAGCGCGUCCGCGGACGCACGCGCCUGCUCGCGCGCGCCGCGGCGCUCGGCGAGCCGCCCGCGCUCGCGCCCGCCUCGCCGCAGCCCACGCACACGCACAUACGAUUUGAUGAAUGAUUUCAUUAAAUAAAUAAAAAAAAAAUAA